UCUUACCUGCACAAUAUUACCCAUGCCCUCCUCCAGUAUAUAAUCAUUAUUAUCGUGAGUUGAGAUAGAGGAAAGAUAUAAAUCAGCUUGAUAUGUUUAACUUCUGGUAACUCGAGUGAGCUCAGCUGAAUCGCUUAUAGUAGUUGAACCGGCGGUCAAGUUAUAAUUUUAGUAAUACUAUGUCCGUGGGCCUCUAUGGAUUUAACGAGUGCAUGAUGACACCAUUUAAAUCAAUAUAACUAGCCACCCACAGCGCUCUUUGUAAGGAUUUUACCCAUGACAACAUCGAACAUCACAUUCCUGGACAUCCCAACUGUCCUCCCAGUGCCUUUCUCAGCAAAUACAUGGAAAGUCAGACUCGUACUGAACUACAAGAAACUGACCUAUAUCACAAGAUGGGUCGAGACGACUGAUAUCGCGUCUGUGUGCAAAUCGCUCGGAAUACCGCCUACGAGCACGUUACCAGAUGGAACACCAAAAUACACACUUCCCGCGUUAAUAGAUAACACCACAUCCCCUCCUGCCCUUCUUUCGGAUUCGACGCCCAUAAUUGAGUACUUAGAACGCACAUACCCGGACCGCGAUCCCUCCCGCGCACUCUGCCCACCUGCCAGUCGCGCCCUCCACGCUCUCUUCGAAUACCACGCCACGCAUUCCAUAUUAGAACAGUUACUACCUGUCAUGGUCAUGCACAUGUACGACAAGAAGACCCCACGAGAUCGCGUUCACUUCCGUGAACGCAUCGAAGCGGCAUUUGGGAAGAAACUCGAGGAUAUAGAACUCAGGGGCAAGGAGCGCGAGGAACACUGGAAGAAGAUUGAAGGCGCGUUUGACCUCCUUGCAACGUUCAUGCAGGCCGGGAGCACUGCAGGAGAGUUAUUCACGGGACCGAAUCUAUCUCUAGCAGAUUGUACACUAGGAGGUAUUUUGUUAGCUUGCCGCUACGUCAGCCCGGACGAAGCCUGGAUUAAAGUCUUAGCUUGGAAUGAUGGGAAAUGGAAACGUUACAUGGCUGUCUUGGAGGAAUGGACGGCUGUAGUAUAAGUAGCCUGUCAGUCGAUAACAAACGUUUCUUAGCUCCCUUUCGAUUAUAGGUCUGCUACGGUUCGACAACUUUAGGAGCUCCACUGGGAAGCAUUAAUAAAAGCCAUGAAGUGUUGAACAUUGAAAACUAAUAAUCAGGAAUAAUGAUGAUUUAUGGACUUA